CGGCGCCUCGGCGGCGAGGGCCCCGAGUCGGGCCUGCCCAGCGUGGGGCCGCGGCGCGGCGGCGGCGGCGGCGCGGCGGCGGGCGCCGUGGGCAGCAGAGCCUGGGCCGCGGCCCCGGGCGGGGUGGGCCGCGAGGCGCGCCUGGCGGGCUGCGGCGCAGAGUCGCCGCGCCGGAGGAGCGAGGCGUUCCUGGCCAGGGCCAACGACUUCAUAUCUGGCCUCGGCAGCACCGCCGGCGCGGCGCACAAGGAGCCUUGGAGGGAGCCUGCCCGGCCCGCCGGCGUCGGGCGCCCGAUGCUGCUCAACCUGCGCGGCCUGCCGUCCGUGGGGCGGCCGGCGCUGAGCGCGGCGGCCCGCGAGGCGGAGCAGCUCCAGCAGCUGGCCCGGCUGCUCAACCUGCCCGCGGAGCUGAUGGCGAACGCGUACGACGCCUUCUCGCGCCACGCCACCGCCCCCGAGGCCACGCCGGGGGCGUCCUGCCGGAGCCUGCUGCAGGAGGGGCGCCUCUCGAGGCAGCAGCUCGGGAGGGUCGUCCACGACCUGCUCGGCGGCGCGUCCGGGGACACCGUCGCCGCGCUUGCAGACGAGGCCUUCAGGGUUGCCGAGAAGGAUGGCAGUAACGAGAUCGACUUCGGCCAGUAUGCUAUCUGGAUCAGCAGCCGCAGUUUCUCGGAGCUCCUCAAUCUCACUGCCGACCAGAUCAGCAUGCGCGACUUGGCGCGCAAGCAUGGAAUGGCUCAUUCUCAGGUCGAGCAGUACAAGAAGUAUUUUGACAAUUUCGAUACCGACGGAAGCGGUUCCAUAGACCGAGACGAGUUCGAGACCAUCCUCAGCAAAUGCGCCCGGCUGCCAAAGGGCACAGCCUUGCCGCAGCAGAAGGUGCAGACUCUAUGGCGCUUGGCAGACUCUGACGGUAGCCGUGAGCUCGAUUUCCAGGAGUUUCUCGUCUUCUACAAGCGGUAUUUUGACGGCGAUGGUUUCGAGAACAUGUACAGAUUUCAGCACCAGCUGCGAAGCCUAUGA